AUGGCUGAAGAGCUGAAGAAAGAGCAGGACACUAGUGCUCACCUUGAGAGGAUGAAGAAGAAUUUGGAGGUCGCUGUUAAGGACCUGCAGCACCGCCUGGAUGAGGCUGAGAACCUGGCCAUGAAGGGUGGCAAGAAGCAGCUCCAGAAACUGGAGUCCAGGGUGCGUGAGCUUGAGACAGAGGUUGAGUCCGAGCAGAGACGUGGAGCAGAUGCCAUUAAGGGUGUCCGCAAAUAUGAGAGGAGAGUGAAGGAGCUCACCUAUCAGACUGAAGAGGACAAGAAAAAUGUCUCCAGGCUUCAGGAUCUGGUUGACAAGUUGCAACUGAAGGUGAAGGCCUACAAGAGGCAGGCUGAGGAGGCGGAGGAACAGGCCAAUACUCAUCUGUCCAAGUGCAGAAAGGUCCAGCAUGAGCUGGAGGAGGCUGAGGAGCGUGCAGACAUUGCAGAGUCCCAGGUCAACAAGCUGAGAGCAAAAAGCCGUGACUCUGGCAAGGGAAAAGAGGCAGCUGAGUAG